AUGUACUCUUCGUCGAAUUCCUUCAUGGGCGGCGCCAACAGCGCUCGCCCGGGACAACCACCUUUCAUGCAGCAGCCUUCAUACUCUCAAACCCCCAACGGGCAGCAAACACCCCAGCAGCAACAACAGCAUCAAGGUCUUGCACCCCAACCUACCGGAUAUGGUUCUCAAUUGUCUGGAUUCGGAGGCUCUCAUCUGCAGCCUCAACCCACAGGGUUCUCGCCAGGGCUGUUGCAACCACAAUUCACAAGUUUUCCACAACCGCAGCAGCAACCUGGCUUCCAGACCUCCGCUCAGCCGCCCCAGUUCACGGGAUACCCCAUGCAAAGUCAAGUCCCGCAGCUCCAAGUCCCUUCGAGUACUGGCUUACCGGUCCGGCUGGCCCCUCAGACAUCAUCCGCGAUAGCGGACUCCUUCAGGGAUAACGCUGGUGCUGCUCCGCCCCCGCCCCCCAAAACUCCAGGGAGCAAAAUUCCCAGCAUCCGACUCUCGUUUAUAACAGCACAAGACCAGGCUAAAUUCGAACAGCUGUUUAAAUCAGCAGUCGGAGAGAGUCAGACGAUGAGUGGAGAAAAGGCCAAAGACCUACUUCUGCGGUCAAGGCUUCCAGGAAGUGAUCUGUCGAAGAUAUGGGUCUUGUCAGACACCACAAAGUCGGGCCAACUGUUUUUUCCGGAGUUUGCUUUGGCUAUGUAUCUGUGCAACAUACGGAUUACAGGCAGAGAUCUGCCAGAUGCGCUCCCCGAGAAGAUAAAGAAUGAAGUUUCUAGUAUGGUAGAUAUCAUUUCCUUUCAGGUCCCUGACACGCAGCCAGAGACGGCUAUCCCCACGAAUGUUCCAAACUUCGAUGCGCCGUUACUGGAGAACAAAUCUGCUCCUCCAGCUCCUCAGCAACCGCAACCUCAACAGCCGACCAAUUCUCAGCUUCUCACGCAGCUCGCAGCGCAGCCAACGGGAUUUCACACUCAGCCGACUGGCAUUCAAUCUACUCAGGCUUCUUUUCCUGGCCAAAGCUCAAUUCUACUUCCGCAAGCCACGGCCUUCCCCGGGCAGUCCCAGCAACAGUUUCUACAAGCUCAACCAACAGGACUGAUGUCUAAUCCCCAGCCUACAGGCUAUAGUGGACCCCGUCCCCCGGUGCCGCCGAUACCCACGAGCCUCGGGCCCAACCUCAGUCCCGCACAAACCGGUGGGGUUUCUGGUUUGAUCGCCCAGCCUACUGGGGCUCCCGGCCAGUGGGGCUUUGUCAAUGCUCCGUCAUCUGGAUUGCCCAAUAUAGAAGCCCUUAAACAGCAACUAAUGCCCCAACCGGGCCGUGAGGGUGGAUAUUCAGCCGCUGGUCUUUCCGGAAAUGCUCACAUUCCGUGGGCGAUCACCAAAGAGGAGAAAAAGAUCUAUGAUGAUCUCUUUCGGGCAUGGGAUGGAUUUCAUAAGGGCUUCAUUGGCGGUGAUACUGCUAUCGAAAUCAUGGGGCAAAGUGGGCUGGAUCGUAAAGAUCUCGAGCGUAUCUGGACACUGGCGGAUCCCCACAACAGAGGCCGGCUCAACAUGGAUGAAUUCGCUGUGGCGAUGCAUCUAAUAUACAGGAAGCUGAAUGGAUAUCCGGUUCCGAAUCGCCUCCCACCGGAGCUAGUGCCACCAUCAACAAGGAAUCUCAAUGACUCGAUAGGCACAAUCAAAUCGAUGCUCUCUCAAGAUGCGGAAAGUCGAAAAGCGUCCGGUGCUUUUCUACAGCCGCAAAAAACGGGUGUAAGUUAUCUCAAAGAUCACUCAUUCCGUGGUGGUAGUGGAGUGUCUCCCGGGUCGGGCCGCAAAGACGCCACUUUGUUUAAGAAUAAUGACGAAGCUGCUGCUGGGUAUCGUUCUAGCGCCCGUCGCCGUGUUGGAAACAAUGGUAGGACGCCGUCACCUGCUGCUUCGCAAGCAUCUGAAGAGGAGUUGUCCGUUGGGCAGCUGAGGAAGAAGAUACGCGAGACACAAAUCAUGUUGGAAGCAGUCGACUUUCAGGACGAGAAUCGCGCCGAAGAAGAAGAGGCUCUGGACCGUAGAGAUCGUCGGGAAGCAGAGAGCCUUAUGGAUCGAAUCCGGCGUGUUCAGGAUGACAUUGACACACACCCGGAUGCGGCCUUCCGCAACCUUGACAACGGUGCCGAGCGAAGGUCCCUACGCCGUCAGCUGCAAUCUUAUGAGGACCAAGUUCCUCAAGUAGCUUCAGAUGUUCGACGGGUUGAGCGUGAUAUUGCUGAGGCUAAACUCGAGCUUUUCCGCCUGAAGGACGCAAAGGAUCACCCCAAUAGUGCGUCGAAUAUCGUGGGAACUGGUCCAGGAGGUGCUGUGACAGAGGCGGAUCGUAUCAAGGCUCGUGCUCGCGCUAGAAUGCAAGCUCGUGCAGCCGAGCUUGCCGGUAGGCCGAUCCCGUCCUCUCAAAAUGAUGAUGGUGCCGCAACUCGACGAGUUGAAGUCGAAAGCGCCAAAAUUAAGGCAGAUAGAGAAAAGAAUGAUGCCAUGACUCGUGAUGUGGAGGACAGUGUAAAAGACUUUGCUCGAAGUCUCGAGGAUACUCUGAAGGAUGCGAGUGAAAAUUCCACGCGUGAGCAUGAAAGGCGGCGGUGGGAAGAUGCUUUGGGGGUAGAGGAUGUGAUUCGAGACUUUAUUUACGACCUAAAGCGUAAUAGCCGAACCGCAUACAUUCGGAAAGAGGAGGUAUCGCGAUCCAUGCAUGAGGAGCGCGAGCGUCCACGAUACGAUGAAGCGCCCGCUACCCGGCCUUCUCCCCCCCGGUCCACUGGCUCCACGGGCUCAUUGCCUGGUUCUACCCACGAGGAUCGUGUUACCGCUGCAAGGGAACGUGCGCAGAAGCGCAUUGCUGAACGAAUGGCAGCUGCUGGUCUCAAGCCUCACAAUAACACUGCAGAAACCCUCCUUCAGCGUCAGGAACGCGAAAAAAAGGAGCGCGAGGAACGGUUGAAGCAAGCGGAAGAAGAAGAUACUAGACGCGAGCAAGAAAGACAGCGUCGACUGGCCGAAGAGCAGGGUGGUUCAAUGGCGCAACCUGUUAAACCGACGUCCAAGAAACCCCCGCCGGCACCACCUUCGAGACGUGGCCGUACUGACAGCGCGGGACAGGCGGAGGCUAAAAAGGCUGCAGAAGAAUUGGCAAGAGUAGAACAGACUGCCCGGGCACAAACAAUCCGCGAAGAAGAAGAGGCACAAGGGGAGAGGAGACGCCUUGAAGAUGAUGCUAGGAAACGUGAAGAGGAGUUCCAGAGAGAGAGGGAGGCACAAGAAGCCCGCCUCCAAGCACUCCAAGAACAGGAAGCCAAGCUUACUGCUCAACGUGCGGAGCUUGAAAUGGCUAAAGAACGGGAAAGGCAGCUUCAAUUGGAGCUGGAAGCCCUAGAUGAGGAAAGCUCCUCAGAUGAAGAAGGUCCAGAGAAUAUCACUCCCCAGCAUAGCACCCCUGCGCAGAGUCAAAUUCUUCCUGGAGUCGACAUUGCAGUGCCUGUUGCCCCCUCGGCUCCAGUACCUCCCGUUCCUGGACCAGAGUCGGACGGACCGGCCAGUGCUACGAGUUCUCCAACCAGCGAACGCACCGGAUUAGCCCACCUCCCUCUAGAGACUGAAUCGAAGAACCCUUAUUUCAAGAAGAUCAGUCUGCCCACCGAGAGCCAAGUUGCCACAUCACAACCCGCUCUUGGUGUCCCUGUAACUUCCCCCAAGGCCGACGUUCAGUCAACUAACCCUUUCCAUCGGCUUGCACAGCAGCAAGAGAACGCGAAGCCUGCAUUCACAACAGCGGGUCCGAUAGAACGUGUGUCCCGUGCACGCCCCGAGACGGAUGACGAUUGGUCUGCAGCAGGAUCAGACUUCGACUCAUCAUCUGAUGAUGAUGACGAUGGGCGGCCUGGCGGUGGAAGUGCGAAGCAGCUCGCAAGCAUCCUAUUCGGUACUAUGGCUCCACCGCGGCCUUUGAGUGCUAUGGACGACAAAUCUCCUUCGAAGCCAUCUACUCCUACGCCAGGUACUCCAGUAGCCGCUCCUGCAGCACCCGAGACAGAUGGAACUUUGUCUAUUCCCUCUGCUGCUCCCCCACCUCCA